AGACGUGGUUACAGUGGGGGGAAAUAGUUAAACAGAUGAAGGGCUCACAAUGGUGGAGGGGACAAGAGGACCCACCAACCUAAUUAUCCUGGAGUCAGGGACGGUAGUAAGACUAUCGGAGAUGGGAAAAGGCAUAUUUUAGAGUGGAGGAACGUGUGACGUGAAAAGGCUGAGGAGGAGAGUGUUUAGGAGGAAAAAGCAGGCAAAACGGGACUGAAGGAAGGUUUCAGAGUUAGGCAGGAUAUGGUAGCGUGUGCAAGGCGGGAGAAUGAGGGAGGGCUAAGUUUUUCAAGAGACGUAAGUAGGGAUACUUCUACUGAGAGUUGAGUGUGGGAAAGGAGGUGCAGUGGAGGUGGGAGGUUUAGGAGAGGCACAAGAACUGAAGGAAUGAGAUAGAAAGGGGCCGCAGGGGUCCCUGAACAUCCUACAGUUGCCCUUAACAACAGACAACCUUAGCAACCGGGAUCGUGGUAACUUUGGUCCUUAGCAACAAGGGUCCUCAGCAACAAAAGUGCGAGAAAUGCGAUCAUUAAGAACUUGGCAAUCGGACCCUGAAAUUUCACAAUCCAGAAACCCACCAACCUAGCAAUACCGACCACUUAGCAAUAGCCCUCCGAAUCCCACUCCCUUCAAGCAGAUCCUGUCCCUCGCCCCACCGAGCCUGCUGCCCUCGGGCCCCGGGGCCUGCAGCUCAAAGCCAGGCCCCGGCGCGGCCCGAGCCUCCCACCCUCCCACCAGGGACCCUAACUCACGGUCCGGCUCGGCCAUGGGAGCGGGGUGGGGGCCGUCGGGACUGUCACCGACUGCUCUGUCCCGUGACGGCAGCGGAAACAAGGGGGCCAAGAUUUGAUAGAGAACUACAACUCCCGGCAGGCAACGCGGUCCCAUAACCACUUUGGUACAGUGCUCCUCUCACGUUGUCAAACUACAAAUCCCAAAAGGCCAGGCGCCGGCUGCCAUAUUGAUAAAGGGCGUCUGGAAAAUGUGGGGAAACUCAGCGAGCGAAUGUCUACCUCAUUAUUCUGAUUGGUUCUGGUGCAGUACAGGGGCGGGGUGUAGCUAUUUAACACAUUUUGAUUGGGUAUAUGAGGGGGCGUGUUGGGGAAUUCCCGACAGGGCGGAAGCGCUGGAGCUCACGGCAGAGCCCAGCUACGAGCAGGUGACCACAGGGGGCCACCCGAGGUGGCAGGGGCCAUGGCCGGGGUCGCGUGCUUGGGAAAAACUGCGGACGCCGAUGAAUGGUGUGACAGCGGCCUGGGCUCUCUAGGUCCUGACGCAGCGGCUCCCGGAGGGCCAGGUCUGGGCGCGGAGCUUGGCCCAGAGCUGUCUUGGGCGCCCUUAGUCUUUGGCUACGUCACUGAGGAUGGGGACACAGCCCUGCACUUGGCCGUGAUACAUCAGCAUGAGCCCUUCCUGGAUUUCCUCCUGGGCUUCUCUGCAGGCACUGAGUACCUGGACCUGCAGAAUGACCUAGGCCAAACAGCCCUGCACCUAGCAGCCAUCCUUGGGGAGGCGUCUACAGUAGAGAAGUUGUAUGCAGCUGGCGCAGGAGUGCUGGUGGCUGAGAGAGGGGGCCACACGGCAUUGCACUUGGCCUGCCGGAUGAGGGCACACACGUGUGCAUGCGUACUGCUCCAGCCCCGUCCCAGCCACCCAAGAGAUGCCUCAGAUACCUACCUCACUCAGAGUCAGAACCAUACCCCAGACACCAGCCACGCCCCUGUUACCAUGGACCCCCAAUCCAACCCAGAGAAUGAAGAGGAGGAGGAGUCACGUGAUGAAGAUUGGAGGCUGCAGUUAGAAGCUGAAAACUAUGAUGGCCACACCCCACUCCAUGUCGCUGUCAUCCAAAAAGAUGCAGAGAUGGUCCGGCUGCUCAGGGAUGCUGGAGCAGACCUCAAUAAACCGGAGCCCACAUGUGGCCGGACCCCUCUGCAUCUGGCAGUAGAAGCCCAAGCAGCCAGCGUGCUGGAGCUUCUCCUGAAAGCUGGUGCUGACCCCACUGCCCGAAUGUAUGGGGGCCGCACCCCACUUGGCAGUGCCCUGCUCCGACCCAACCCCAUUCUUGCCCGCCUCCUUCGUGCACAUGGGGCUCCUGAACCUGAGGAUGAGGACGAUAAGCUUAGCCCUUGCAGCAGCAGCAGUGGCAGUGACAGUGACAGUGACAACAGAGAUGAGGGCGAUGAAUAUGAUGACAUCGUGGUUCACAGUGGCAGGAGCCAAAACCAGCUACCUCCUUCCCUGGCGUCCAAACCUCUUCCUGAUGACCCCAACCCUGCCUGACUUAAGUUCUAAUAUUAAUAUAGUUUCCAGUUUAAUAAAAUUUCAGACCUGACAACCAGAGCCCA